AAGAGUUUCUAUAAGCUGUUGAUUUGAAGAUGGAAGCUCUGGAAUACGAUUCAAAAGGUGUGUUUGAAAGCUUCUGAGCAAGAUCAGAUCUGAGCAAACCUAUUCAAGAUUUUUUAGUUGUCACUGAAUACAGCACAGAGCACAAUAUCCUUCCCUUUUCUGUUUAUUUCAUGCAACUUUUUGUGCCAGCACCCAUCAAGCAGCAUCAAAUUAAUGCACCUUUCACAGCUAAGACAUAUAUUAAAGGCUGAUGCACAACACAAUUGGCUGCUACUUGUAAAACUAUUUAAUACUUUAUUCACAUUCUAUAGGUUGCUUAAAUAACGAGUCAUAAGCAUCGUAGUAAAGUUGCAAGAGUCUAAUCCAUUACUAUUGGGAUCAAACGAAAGCAAAUGAAAUCGUUUUUAGAAGGAAAUAUUUUUGAAUGUUUUGACGAUCUUUAAAAGCCUCAACCUUACAAAAAUUUGUUUCUUUCUCUUUUUUGCGGUUGCACACUGUACGAUACAGAUCUGCGUAUUUUUAAAACUGUAUUUAUAGAACAAACAGCUGUGUCCGUGAUAAUUCUUUUUAAAACAGUACAGAGAGAAAGCUUUGAUAAAUGGCAAACGACGUGAAAUACCUUAAAACCACAAGGACAAAAUCUUGCCGUUUUGGGCAUUAAAUAAUGAAUACUCUAUGUCAUUUUUAUUGAAACGCUUCCCAGCACGGUUUCUUUGAAAAUAUGAACAAAAUCAAAUAGAUCACAUCCUUUUGAUAAUUUUGUGGUAUUGAUUUUGUGGCAAGGCAUACAUAUUGAAUGUUCACCUUGUCGUACAAAAUGAUAGACAAGACAGACUGACAUCACCAGUCUUUGUUUUGUCUAAGGAGGUGCGAUUAAAUCUGUACUUACUGGUUCAUAUUCUGAUGCAUUCUCCAUUCUUAGUAGAUCUUUAAUCGACUCUUCUCUUCUUCAGUUAACUAGCUGGAGAAGUGGGUGAGCUUUCGGCCUCCUGUAUAACAAAGUAACAGUAUAACAAGUAAGCAAAGAAAGUACGAGACUCAGCUCGAGAUGAAUUCUGCUAACCCAGUUACGAUAGACCAGCUGAUUAAACUCAGGAAAUUUGAACAUAUUGGCAAAAAGUAUCUGGCAGAAGACGAAUUUAAUGCAUCAGAAUGUGACGACCGUGAAAAAGAACAGAAAACAUUCAAGUUCUAUCUGCAGCAUCCAAGUGCGAGAUUAGUGACUGUUUUAACCUUGAUUAUUCUCGAUUUUUAUCUUAUUGCACAAAACCCAAUUAGCUAUAGUGGAGCUGACUGCAAAAUUGAUGUCAUUGGAAACAUCUACUCGUUCAUUUUUCUUAAGUAUCCCAAUGGUGGUUUUGCUGGCUUGAAAGUAUUGCUCUGGAUGUCUGGUCUAUUGCUUGGCCUUAUUAUAGGCAGAUUGGUAAUUCAUAAGUGGAUCCUAUGCACAAAGCUUAAAUCGCGAUUUUUCGCCAGGGAUAGUCAAGGAGCAUGGAUUAUAAUGUUUUUAACAUCCAUAGUAUCACUUUAUGGAUUCAGCUUACUGUAUAAUGUAAUCCUGGACGCCUGUGGUGAAUACACACUUUCUUAUAAAUGUGAUAACAGUUUCAAAAUAGAGAAUAAAUGUCUAAUGAAAGCAAUUGCUGCUUUUAUUUGGAUUGGAAAUAUCUUCACAAUGUGGACUAUUAUUGACAUGAUGCUACAGGAGAAGAAGUAUACCAACAUGUUUGUACGUCUUCGAGCUUUUUGGUGCAAAGGUAAUAAGAGAUUGGUCAUAUUCUGGUUGAUGACAUUGGGUUCAACAAUUUUAAUUGUAACUGCAAUCACAACAGACUUCAUUCAUUGGGAUCAACUGCAUAAACAUUUUAUAACAACGGAUGAGUUCUCUAGAGCAUGCCUAGCUUCAGCUGUUAUCUUUCUGGAAAUUUUAGUACUUAUUCAGGAUUGGGAUUUUUCACACUUUGCAAAUAAUGGGGCUGCAAAACUACCUGGAUUCGAUUUUCCGUAUUUGAGAAGCUCUGUGCCUUGUUGUUGUACACGAUCGAAAUGCAGCAUCAUAAUUUCUGGAAAGUGGUUCAGCUAUGGAACUCUUGUCUUGGUCAUCAUUUUACAGUUUGUAAUGUGGACAAGACAGAUACAUUACACGCCUACUGAAUAUGGUCAAUUUACAGAUAACGAAGGUACAAUUCACAAAAUUUUGGAAAAAGGAUUUAUCAAAGUACCCAUACCUGGUACAGCUGCACACCAACUGGCAUUGAACCAUACAGUUAAUGGUUACAAUGAAACUUAUUUGGCGCCAUUCAAUAAUAAACGUAUCUCAGUAACAUACAAAGGGUAUUCAAUGAGACUAAAAGGUUACUUGCUCUCUACUAAUAAUUUACCAGUAGACUUGCUCCAGAUACAAACUCAAGCUUUCACAUCUCGAACGAUAUUCCACUUUCUAUCAGAGUUUAAAAUGUGCAAGUUCUUAAUCUUUGUUUUAGGUACAAUUCACAAAAUUUUGGAAAAAGGAUUUAUCAAAGUACCCAUACCUGGUACAGCUGCACACCAACUGGCAUUGAACCAUACAGUUAAUGGUUACAAUGAAACUUAUUUGGCGCCAUUCAAUAAUAAACGUAUCUCAGUAACAUACAAAGGGUAUUCAAUGAGACUAAAAGCACUGUCAUUUGCACCUUGGAUGUUUGGCGUAUGCCUUUUCUUCUAUCUUGCCCACCAGUAUGGAAAACAUGAAAGUCCUGAUGAAAAAAUGGUGAGAAAAUGGAAACAAGGGAAGAUUAAGCGUCGGAAAAGACGUGUCGUGCCAGCUAAAGAGACUUCUUUGGCAUUAGAUCUCGAAAAGAUUAAGACAGAAGAUACACCAAGAGAUCUUGGAAGAAAAAAAUCUAUAUCAUCAAAAACAAAGAAUACGUUGGAAUGGACAUCAGAGAAAGUGAAUAUGUCAAAAUAUGAGCAUACCAACUUUGAUUACUAUUUCAAGCAUCCAAACACAAGAUUAUUCAUUGCAUAUUUUCUCGUUUUCUUGACUUGGUUGAUGUUCGCCCAGGAUCCAAUUUCAUACAGCUCAGCUGACUGCAGAGUGAAAGUUCUUGGUCACGCCUACUCAUUCAUAUUCUUGAGGUAUCCAAGCACGGGAUAUGCAGCAAUGAAAUUCUUUUUCUGGCUCAGUGCAAUUGUAGCAGGAAUGAUCCUUGGUAAAACAUUUGUACACAAAGUGCUCCUGUGCAGAAUACUUCGCUUUAAGAUAUUUACAUCAGACGGUGAAGGAUCUUGGGUAAUCAUGUUUCUGACAACGGUUGUGUCUCUGUUUACAUGGACUUUCCUCUACAAUGAAACAAUAAGAGCUUCCGGCAACCCUCAGUAUAUGGUUUCCAGUAACAUGGAGAUGAAAUACAAAACGUUCAUGAAAGGAGCGUUAUCAAUUUCCUGGCUUGCUCAUUUUUUGACAGCAUGGAUGGUAACAGAUGGCAUGUUACAACAAAAGCGAUAUCCUCGUUGGGCCAAAGACCUCAGGUACUUCUGGCGCAGUGGCAAUUUACGGUUGAUUAUAUUCUGGGUUAUUGCCGUGGCAAUCACAGUCCUAACCAUUUUGGCAGUUUGCUUUGACCUUUUAAGCUGGGACACAAUGAACACAAACUUGCUCUCGUCGAAUGAAGUAUCGCGUUCGUUUCUUGCGUCAUUUAUCAUCGUCUUUGACCUUCUUGUCAUUAUGCAGGACUGGCAGUUUCCAAAUUUUGAUAGAAAUUCAAAAAUCAAGUUACCUGGAUUGAAAAGAAAAAAUCUAGACUUCCGCAUGUUCUGCGUCAACGUGAAGAUUAAAGGCAAGUGGCUUUGUUAUGGCUUGGUAGCAAUAGUACUGAUUAUCGAUACAUGGACUUGGAGCAACCAGUUGUUUUAUGAGCCAGCGAAGUACGGUCAGUACGUAACUGGAUCACGGCAAGUCUACAGUAUAACUGACGCUGCGUUUAUUCGAAAUGCAAACGAGACAAUGGCCUCCUUUAGAUACAGAUCAAGUUGCAUUGUCAAUGGCCGCAGCUUGUUCUCAGAUGAUUUUGACACCAACACAAAGUAUUUUGGGGAUAGUUUAACGAAGAAAUCGGCAGCUUUUGUUCCUGCACUUGUGACAUUUACAUGGUUCGUCGUGAGUGCAAUAAAAGCACAAAAGCCAGUUGAAACUUUCGUAGAGAAAUAGACCAUCAAUAGGGAAACUUUACUGAAAUAGUUCUUUUUAGUUAGGGAAAGCUUGUGGUACUAAAAGCAGACUAAAAAUUUGUUCCCAGUGUUCAUGUUUUGUGUCCAGUUGACAAUAUUGUGAAACCCUUCACGCCUAGCCUACCAAUGAAAUCAAUUUUCAGAAAAAAUUAGGUCAUACUAAAUUUAAAACAUGGCUUAAAAAAAACAAAUCAGUUUGUGACUCUUCCCUUCCCUAAAUACAUAUACAUCCAAAUUUGUCAGCAAAUCAAUUUGCCAUGUCUUCGUGAUGUGUUAUGUGCACACUUUUGACAUUGAUUUUAGCUUGGCUAGACAUAUUUUUGACUUGCUUGUAUUUAAACAACAUGUAUAAUUGUAACAAUUAGUAGAUUUUAUUUUCUGGUCACAAUUUUUCUGAUACUUGCCUUUGAACUGCAAAUGUUACAGAUGAAAAACACAAGACAGACUUAUUUUAAAACAAAGAAAGACAAUCUGUUAUGCAAAUUCACUUUCUUGCAUUUGGUAACAAUUACAUUACAUUUUUUAUUGUCUUUAGCUCAUUUUAGCUUUCUCAGCUAAACGACGAUCUCUUUCUUCUGCAAUAGAGAGCCUGAUACCUUUUCCACGUGGUAGGGAAAUCAUUGCCUUUGUGCCACGACCAAUGACAAAAAUAUUUGACAAACGAGUGGCAAAUGCAUGGCCAGUUCCAUCUUUAACAUGGACAAUAUCAUGAGAGCCUAGAAAAUAAUAUACAAUCCUUCAGUCUUUGUUCACGUAAACAGCUAUUUUAACUAAAAAACUAGUCAAUAAUAAAAGACAAAUGAAGACACAUUCAAUGUCACACACAUAGCAUUCUUAAAGAUCAGCCACACCUGACCUAAUGUUAUCACAUUAGGAGAUUUGGUACUUUGUAUUUAUUUAUUUAUUUCUUUGUUUAUUUAUUUAUUUAUCACAUCUCCUUUAGGGUUGACAGCAUAAAACUUCAAAACUUUUUAUCUAUAAAAGCUGUAGCUAUUAAAUAAGCAUUGUUACUUAAAAAAGAUACAAUCAAAAAUUCUUAUUCUUGUAAAAUGUACAAUACAUUGAAAAAGCAUCAGACAGGCUGGAAUUUGUUUAGUUCAUGAACUUACUUGCAUGCCUUUCUCUGUGAGUGAUGGUGCCAAUUCUUCCUGUGUUACGUCCACCAAUAACCAUAACAGUGUUUCCUGUGUCAAACUUGAUGGAGUCUGUGAUCUUACCAGUUUUCAGGUCAAUAACAACAGAGUCAUUGGCCUUAAUGGCUGGGUCUGGAUAACGGAUGGUUCUUGCAUCAUGGGUGACACAGUAUGGGAUUGAGUGCUGUCCAACUGCAACUUUUCUUACCUUUGCAAGUUUGUAGGUUGCCUCCUCUGGUGUAAUUGGGUGGCAGAUGAAUCUACCCUUCACAUCAUACAGAAGCCUAAAGCAUUCUCCUGUCUUUUCAAUGGUGACAACAUC